ACAAUCAUUUUUACUAUUCAAGUCCCAUUAUUAUCAUGGAAACCUUUGAUAUACAUCCAUUGUUCUCACUUUUGCACUUUUUCAUGCUUUGUUUAUUAUGCUUUAAUGUCACAAAUAUUGAAGCUUCAAAUAAUAAGGUUUCUGCUAUAUAUGUGUUUGGAGACUCCACAGUAGACCCAGGAAAUAAUAACUAUGUAAACACACCUUUCAAAAGUGAUUUUCCACCUUAUGGUAGAGAUUUUGCCAACAAACUUCCCACUGGAAGGUUCACAAAUGGGAAACUUGGCACUGAUUUUGUUGCUUCGUAUUUAGGCUUGAAAGAGUUGGUGCCACCAUAUUUGGAUCCAAAUCUCAGUGACGAAGAGCUUAUGACAGGAGUUAGUUUUGCUUCUGCUGGUUCUGGUUUUGACCCACUCACACCAACUCUUGGUAAUGUGAUCCCAAUACCAAAGCAACUGGAGUAUUUCAAAGAAUACAAAAAGAGGGUGGAGAGUAAGAUUGGUAAGAAAAGAGCUGAAAAUCAUAUGAACAAUGCUGUAUUUUUCAUAAGCGCGGGUACAAAUGAUUUCGUUGUUAAUUAUUUUACGGUGCCAAUUCGAAGAAGAAACUAUAACCUCUUAACCUACAGGCAAUUCUUGCUUCAACAUAUGACAGAUUUCAUACAGAAUUUGUGGACAGAAGGUGCUAGAAAAAUUGCUUUUGUUGGAUUACCUCCGAUGGGAUGUUUGCCGAUAAUGAUAACAUUAAAUUCCGGCAACAAUGCGUUUCUUGAACGAAGUUGUGUAGACAAAUAUUCCGCUGUGGCAAGAGAUCAUAAUACGGUGCUUCAACAUGAAUUGUUCUUAAUGCAAUUGAAUUUCUCUAAUCCUCGUCAUGCUGCUAAGAUCUCCUACAUCGACAUAUAUGGACCCUUAGAUAACAUGAUUCAAGGGCAUGGAAGUCCUGGAUUUGAUGAGGUUGAUCGUGGGUGUUGUGGAAGUGGUUUAAUUGAAGCAACAUUUAUGUGCAAUAGUAUUUCGCAUGUAUGCUCUGAUCCAUCAAAGUAUGUAUUUUGGGAUUCAAUACACCCUACGGAGAAGGCUUACCAUGAUAUGUUCAUGGCAGCCCGUCACACGAUUGAUGCCCUCAUCAACGGCUAGGAUUCCUGGCUAUCCUUUACUAAUAUUAUACAUUCUUGUCAAUUUAUUAUUUUAUUAUAAUAAUGUAUGGUAAAAAAACAAAAAAUGAAAGAGGAGAAUAAUUCAAAUUAUAAUUAAAAUAUUUUUGA